AUGGCGGAUGGAACGUAUUCGCCAGAUCUACUCGGCAUUUUCCCAGACGAACUGAUCGUUCGAAUCCUCCACUUUUGUGAUUUCGAAGAUAUACUUCAGUUUGCAACAACCAACAGACGGUAUUAUAAUGUUGUCGUCCAUACGAUUAGCUUGCAGCUGCAUGUCGAACUCGAGGCAAAUUGUUUGGAAAUCAUCAAAGGAUCGCAAAAGAACAAUGCAACAUACUCGCUUCUGCUUGACGAGCUUGCGCGCUAUAGAGAUGGUCCCCUGGCUGGACUUGAAAUUCGAAACCCGUUUCAACAAUUCUCAGAAGAAAGGGCGCUGCUAUGGGACUUUCGCGGAGGCUACUAUGCUGUGGGGUUUACAUCCGCAUCGACAACCACAUCAGAUGCCGAUUCACUAGAAAUUAUACCGCUCGACUCUUCUCAUGCCCGAAGCAAGCUCACUCUUCCAACCGAUUUCCACGAGCUUACUUUUGAUUCGGACCAAGAUUUUCUUGUCCUGGCCAAGGUUGAUGCAUUUAAUGAUUCAUGCCUUAGGAUCAACUUAUGUUCCAUCACAACAGGCCUCGCUCACCCCCUCGCAGAGAACCCCAUGUUCACUGUCCAGGUUGACUUUCCCAUUCCCGACCCGAAAGAUGAACCCCAGGCGUUUACUAUGGAAGUUAUGGAUGCCAUUCUUGUGGUCAAGAUUACAGACCCCCGAGCUCGAAAAUAUGAGCUUAUAGCUUGGAAUUGGAAGACUUGGGAGCCUCUUCUUAGAGUUGGAUCUAUUUCAGGCGCUAUCGACUUCUCUUUUCUUCAGAAAACCCAUUUGGUGCUGUUUUCUGCUGAAGAAAAGGGGAAAGAUUUGCGUUUGAUUGAGCUCCUGUUGUACUCGAUAUCUCCACAGAUCAGUAAAAGAAAGAAGACGAGUACCCUGUUUCAUGCCUCAGAUUACGACCAUGCUGUUCCGGUGCUAAUUCUCAGGUUUCCCGAGCCAGAGAAAUCUUAUACUGUGAUGCCCACGAUAUCCUUUAUCAAAUCCAAUUCUACGCCUGGAAAGACAGUGUACGCCAAGUCCGCUGGAUUUGCUCACCCGAGUUCGCCCACCCUCGGCGUGUUUCUUUCAUUAUACAAAAGUCCGAGUCUUCAUGCGGAUGAAGAGACUGCACGAUUUCUAAUCGCCAUUAGCACUAGAAGUGUUCCUCUGUUAUACCGUGGGAUGAGUGGGGGACGAACGCAACGCGCUGGCUCAUUAGGGUACAUGAAAACCCCGUUUCUGUACUUCGCGACCUAUCAAUUUUGGAUUUCAACUCUCGGACUAUCAGACGAUUUGGUUCUAGUAGCUCUGAAAAAUCCUUCGGAAUACAUCAACCCCCCCAAAGCGACGAUUAUCUCAAGCUUCAGGUUCUUGCAGGAAAAGGUCUGA